AUGAAGCUUUUCGUUGUAGUCUCCGCAGUUCUACUCGUUCUGCAGCUUGCAGAUGCAGCAUCCAGCAACUUUUUCUUAAGUGACGCAAAACAAGAAUAUAUUGAACAUCAGCAGAAUGCGUUCUGUGAUGCAAAACCCAAGAUAAACUCAAAACGAACACCAGAUUCUCUAUUCAUCCCGAUGGUUUUGAGAGCGUGCGAAGAAACUGCGUGUGAUGCAGCUUGCACAGCACUCCAUUACAAACUUGGCAAAUGUAUGAAUACCGCUGAAUGUCAAUGCAGGACUAGUUAA